AUGUACCUGUACGAAGAUGGUACCCGGUCUGUGCAGGCAUGGAAUGCUGUGGAUGUUGAAAUCGAUGGUCUGUUCCAGCAUGGCCAUAUCGUUGGCCUGGAAGAGUCUGUCAGUAUUCCACCACGCCUAAUCAUCGAUUUCGGAUGCUCGACACAGCAGUCGGUGCCGGUUGAUAACGUGAAGGUAUUUACCUUCUCCACCUUUCCCUCCUUCCAACCGCGUCAGGAAGCUGUGGAAGUGCUGUUGUUCGAUCAUCCUGGUCGUCCAUGGAAAUGGUAUCCCGGCAAAGUCCUCAUCAAUUCUUUCGCGAACUUGCGGAACCAUGCGCUGGUGGAAGUAACAGUAGGUGGGCAACAUCUUCGCGAACUGCUUCCCAACGAACAGAUCCGUCCGGUGUCUUCGGAGAAACGACUGCAACGCAAGCGCGUUCAGCCGGGGGAUUUUGUAAUGCGGACAUGCAGAGUGCCAAACGGCUACUGGGUUCUGACAGAGUGCUUCGCCUCGAAGCUGCUCCGCCAUAUUCAGCGAAGGUUUCGUGUGCGAUUCACCUACGUUUUCGGCCAGGAGAUGCAUUACAUCCAACAGCACACUAAAAGCCCUUUAGAAGAUGCCACAAUCGCGAAAGUUUUCGAAAGAAAAAAACUGGAAUUCAUCCGUAAUGGCAAAUUCCUGGUGGAGGACUCUCGCCGCCUGGAAGGACCCGACCAGGAAAAACGGUCCGAUACGAAAUGGCGCGGUUGGGCACUGCCAACCGAACUCUUUGAAGAGGUGUUUCAGUCGCUGGACACCAUCGACCGACAACGCUGCCGACGCAGCUCAUCCACCUUUCUCCCAGCGGCUCGCCAAAAAUGGAAUGAUUGUUAUGCCGCGUACGGUUGCUUCUUCAAGCACAUAACUUCUGCAGCACGAACCAUCUGCAUUCGAGACACGGAAUGGGACUGCGACGAUCAGGACGAUUUGAAACUCGCCGAUGGAGCGACAACGUUGAUGCAAAAACUCUUGCACGAAGCCGGCAUUCGCAUCGAGCGUUUGAUCGUGCACCACCGAUCACUGACCAUCGACCAGGGUGAACCCGGUCCAUUGAAGUUGCAGGUGGUUUUUGCCGCGAUAGCUGCGCUACAUUCCAAGCUGGCGAGCUGCUGUGACCGCUUGAUAUGGAGAAGAUAUUCCUUGAACUGCGAAAACAGCACCGGUGCGAUAGUGCUGGAAUUCCGUGUUCCGAUAACGAUGUUCAACCUGGGGGGUGUGGGAGCACCACAGAUUUGGGAUACAUUUGAGCAGCACCUGCGCUGCACGGGACCGGCGUUAGAUAUGGACCGCAUCGCCCAGUGGAUGGCGAGAUGCACCCACAGGAAUGCGAGAACUAAGAGAUUUGAAAAGAUUCUGAACGAUUUUCAAUCGUGCGACCCGCGCCCCUCUGCAAAUUUUCGGGGAGAUCCUUGGACAGUGGGCGCUAUGACCAACCUGGACGUCCACAAGCUGAACACGUUGUGUCUACAUGUCUUGUGGCACUUCGUGCAGAAAUGGAAUCGAACGUCUUCGGAUGACGCUACGGACUCCAGUGGCAGUUCUGAAUCCGAUCCCGAAGACAGCUCCGAUUCCGAAGAGAGCUCCGAGUCGGAUUCGCACGGCAGCGACGAUACCGAAUCUACUAAUGAUGGCUCUGAUUCCAAUGGAAGCUCCGAGUCUGAUAGCAGUUCUGAAGCCGAGUCUAAUGACACCACCGACUCCGAUUUCUAGGACAGCCUCGGUUCCACAGCGGAUCAAACAUAGUCCAACUUCGAUAUGUAUGUAGUCGGAGAACUGUCGACCAUCUUCUUUAACUAAAAAAAACGAUGUCAUAGCGCUUGAUUUAGUAUGUUUGUAAGCAGAGUACGAAGAUACAAUGGACGAACAGAAAUAGUUAAGGUCCAAUUAAAACGCGUUUCGAUGUCCUUAAUAUGUUGUUCACUUUUGUGUUUCAUGUACAUUGUACACUAGUACAUUUACGUGUUCUCACGACGCUGGACGUCUCCAGACGUCAGCCAUCCUCACGAUUCUGUUCAUUUCUGUUCUA